AUGGCGACUCCACUCCGCCCAGCGUCUCCUGCAGAGGAUCUGCCGCAAUACUACCAGGACUUGGGCGAUACUGACAUCACAGACUGCUUCCGGAACUUCGAUCUCGAGAAGAAUUUCGACCUCUUCGAUCGGCAGACGCGGAACCCAAAGACCGCCAACUUUUGCUUGGAUUUUGGUGAGGAGGAGGCGUUCUGUGCCUUCGAUCUUGCUUCAUUCUCGUACUCAUGUCUUUUGAAAUCACCACGGCCUCCACAUCUUCAUACGAGAUGGAUCAACAUCUGGCAGCCAUACAAUCAAAAGGAUACGCUCCGCCUGGUCGGUCAACACUACGAUUUCUCACCGCGCUUGCUAGGUAUGAUGUGUAGUGAUCCCGUACCUGCCCGCUCUGGAGCUUCAAGCAUGGACAAGAGCGUCUCUACACUCCGGUCUCGAUUGUCUCAUCGCUCCAAGUAUUCGAACUCAGGCAGCGAAAGGUCAAAGUCGGAAUCAAACAAGGACACCAUGGAUUCAGAAGAGAGUGUUGGGAUGACAGAACUGAUGCACUCGACACAACUAGAGAUGGUGCGCGAUCUUACCCAUUACCAGAUCGUUGAGGAUGUUUGGCAUUGGUCCACGGUAGACUGGGGUCGUCGAUACCUUUGCCUAGGCUAUAACACACUUCACAACGUGCGCAACAAGCAAACGCAUCACAGCCGCCAUCACGCACACCGACUCGACCGCGAUCAAGAUAUACCGCAUGGCAAGCGAGUGUGGAACUGGCUUCUUCUGUGCGAAGACAAGACGGUGAUCUCUAUCUCUGAGGAUCCGUUUCCUUUCGCGAACGGCGAGGUGCACGGAUGGGAUUUAAGGAUGCUAUACACUGUCCGACGAAAUUUGGUCAGCGUGUUUCGACAACUGACCAAGGCGCCAACGCCUCUAGCAGACGCUGCUCUUACUCAGCUACCAAUCCGCCAUCGCAUCGGUCACAGUGAAGAAGAGACAGCCCAUCGACCAACCGAUACACCUGGUUUGCUAUUCUACUACCUGUUCGAAGAUUGGGGAACUACCUUUAGCCUCAUAUCACGUAGUGAAGAAGGCUACUCCGCGGAACUGGAUCGUCUUCGUAAGGAGAUGCUGGUCAAGGCAGACUUGACCCACGUCGAUCAACUGCACCAUAUCGGAUGUCAACUUGCAGUGCUGCGGCGUGUCUAUCACAGCUACUCAUUACUCAUCGAGCGCAUCCUGGAGAGACGAGAAGCUACACUAGCAUCGCUGAAGAAUUCACACGUCAUCUCUAGCGCGGAAUCGAUGAUAUCGUCAGUGCACGGCACGGAUUCCCCAAACCCACUGCUACCGGAACUCGCCAGUUCACUUGGUGUCUCAAUCAGUUCGGCUGCUAGGGUACGUUUCGAAAGGCUCAAAGACCGCAUUACUCUCUAUGCUUUGAGCGAGAUUCAGGAGUGCAUCGACCAGAAGGAUUCUUUAGUGAUGAUGAACUUCAACCUUAUCGCUAUCAAGGAGUCAUUCAGUGUGGAACGACUGACGUGGGUCACGCUCGUUCUGGCGCAGAUCACCAUUCUCUUCACGCCUGUGACUCUGAUGACUGGCUACUUCAGCAUCCAGUUCAAAAACACCGAGUUUGAGGUCAAGAGUUACUGGUGGGCUUUUGCUAUCACCUUGGGCCUCUCGCUACUGAUGCUGUUCUUGUUCAGCUUCUUCAGUGGCACUCUGAACGGACACAUCAUCAAGAAGAGCUGGAGCCGAAUGAUGGUUGACAUCAGCAAGCGAUGGUGGGCGCAUCGUAAAAAGAGGGGCAAGAUGCUGUAG